AUGGCCACCCACCAGCCAUACGAGGCGGAGAUACUCCUUCCUCCAGGCAGUCCUGCCAACUUUGGCACUGCCCGAUCCUCUGUCGCGGACUCUUCAUUGGGCGUUCCGAACUCGAACUAUGGCGGAGUGCGCGAGUCGCAGUAUUCGUCGGCUCCAUUGAACCAGUCCUUCGAUCCAUAUGCGGACUCGGCCUCUACUCCCCGUGGCUCCACUCCUGCUCCCUACCGCGACGACCCCAGCACCGAAAAAGUCGUCGAGCCGCUGGGUUACUCGGAGCCUGGCGGAGGCAGCAAGAAGCGCCCACUGUUCUGGACAAUCAUCCUCUUGGUCUUGCUUGCCGUUAUCGCAGUCGCCGUUGUCGUCCCAGUAUACUUCAAAGUCAUCAAGCCUAAUACCAAUGUAGCUGCCUCGGCUGGCUCUGCUGGAACUGCCACUUCAUCCUCUGGUGCUGCUCAGCCCACUCAAUCCGGCAAGCCCGAGACCCCCGAGGCUGUUGUUACCGGAGGCGACGGCAGUCGCGUCAUAACCGAGUCUGGCAGCACCUUUGUCUACAACAACUCAUUCGGCGGCUUCUGGUACUACGACCCCAAGGAUCCUUUCAGCAACAAGGCCCAACCUCAGAGCUGGUCGCCUCCCUUGAACCAGACCUGGAAGUUUGGAACUGAUCAAAUUCGUGGUGUUAAUCUCGGUGGAUGGCUCGUGCUUGAACCCUUUAUCAGUCCGGCAAUGUAUGAGCCCUACAUGAACGCGACCGUCCCUGCUAUUGACGAGUGGACUCUGUGCGAGAACCUCGCGGGCGAUCCAUCCUCGGGUGGCGUUGCCAAGGCUCUCGAGGAUCACUACAAGACCUUUAUUACCGAAGAAGACUUUGCUCAGAUCGCGGCUGCGGGCCUGAACUGGAUUCGUAUCCCCAUUCCGUACUGGGCUAUCGAAGUCUACCCUGGCGAACCGUUCCUCGAGGGUGUUGCGUGGAAGUACUUCCUCAAGGCUAUCGAGUGGGCGCGCAAAUAUGGUCUCCGUAUCAACCUCGAUCUCCACACUGUUCCCGGAUCCCAAAACGGAUAUAACCACUCUGGUAUGCUCGGUCCAGUCGGAUGGCUCAGCGGAAACAUGGGUAUCGCCAACGCUCAGCGCACUUUGAACUAUAUUCGUAUCAUCACCCAGUUCAUCUCGCAACCUGAAUACCGCGAUGUUGUGCCCAUGUUUGGUGUCAUCAACGAGGCGCUUAUCCAGACCAUUGGCCGUGAUGUCCUCGAGAGCUUCUACCUCGAGGUCCACAACGUGAUGAGGAAUGUUACUGGUAUUGGUGAAGGCAAGGGCCCUUGGAUCAGUGUCCAUGACGGAUUCGAUCCUCUUGACCGCUGGACCGAGUUCCUGCCAGGUGGAGACCGCGUCGCUCUUGAUGCCCACCCCUACUUCUGCUUCGGAGACCAGGAUACCUCGCCCGUUACUGGUCAGACCAACAAGCCUUGCGCUUCGCGUGCUUCGGCCUUUAGCCAGUCCAUGUCCAGCUUUGGCAUGACCACCGCCGGAGAGUUCUCCAACGCGUUCAACGAUUGCGGUCUCUUCCUCAAUGGCGUCAACCGUGGAGCCCGUUAUGAUGGUACCUUUGGCGGAUACGGAGGCCCCAACGGUGGUGCCAACGCUUGCGUGAAAUGGAUGGACUCGGCUAGGUGGAGCGCCGCCGAAAAGGCCGCACUGAAGCAAUUUGCGUUGUCCAGCAUGGAUGCCAUGCAGAACUACUUCUUCUGGACAUGGAAGAUCGGAAGGUCUACAACCUGGGGCACCAUUGCUUCCCCGCUCUGGUCAUACCAACACGGUCUCGAAGGCGGAUGGAUGCCCACCGAUCCUCGCGAAGCUGCCGGAACCUGCGGCACCGGCGCCUUCAAGGGUCCUCUCCCGGCGUCCAAGACUGGCGGGGUCGGAGCGGGCACCAUCGAUCCUGCCUAUAUUGCCACCCGCGUCUGGCCACCCGCGUCGCUCAACAAUGUCCCCAACGCCGCUGCGAUCCCGACCUACACCGCGACCGGCUCGCUCAUCACCCUCGCCCCGGCCUCGUUCACGGGCGGCGUCAACGCCGGAUCCGGAUGGGCGAACACGGCGGACCAGCAGGGGCUCUACACUCCCGUCGCCGGCUGCGCGUACCCGAGCAUUGGAUGGGGCACCGUCGGUGUCAGUGCGACCCAGACUGCAUGCAGCGGUACGGCCCAGAGGGUCAUCAGGGGGCGGCAUAUCCUCUCCGACUCAAUUCCGUACAUAUCAUCCCCAACUCGUGAUCUCUUACGAUCCCAACAAACCCAUACACUUUCUAAAAUUCCUGGAGUCGAUCCUCGCGUACUGCAGCGCAACCAGGCGUUUAGCGGGUUGAACGACGGUCCGGCAGCUACUGCCGCUCGUCUCGCCGGUCUAGUCCAGGAAUCCCAUGCCAAGGACGAUUCUCCUAUUUAUACUAGCAAUUUUGGGCAGCCUAUUCCUGAUUCUGGGCAUGCUUUGAAUAUUGGUGGUAUUCCUUAUCAGGGAGAUACCCUGUUGCUCGAGAAGCAGCAGGCGUUCGAUCGGGGUAAGAUCCAGGAACGGAUUGUUCAUCCGUGCGUCCAACGCGUUAUCCCACUUGCUAGGUUCGGUUAUUUCCAGGUCACCAAGGAUGUUUCCCAGUGGACCAAGGCUGCGCUGUUUCAGCCUGGGAAGAAGACGCCUGCUUAUACUCGCUUCUCGACUGUUACUUAUGGGCGUGAGUUCCCUGAUAGUGCGCGUAACCCUCGCGGCUUCGCUACCAAGUUUUAUACCGAGGAAGGAAACUAUGAUUUGGUCGGCUUAAACUGGCCCGUCUUUUUCGUCCGUGAUCCCUUCAUGGGACCCGACAAUAUAAGGUCCCAACAGCGCAACCCAAAGAGCGGAUUGAUCGAUUACAACGCCUGGUUCGAUUUCCUUGCCAAUGUGCCCGAGUCCCAGCAUGCGGGACUCAUGCUGCUCUCCGAUCACGCGACUCCUGUUGGGUGGCGCUUCAUGAGUGGCUAUGGCUGCCACACCUUCCGCUGGACAAAUAAGGAUAGGAAAGGUGUAUUUGUCAAGUACCAUUGGCGCUCCCAACAAGGCACCAAGGAGUUCACUCACGAACAAUCUAUCGUCAUGUGUGGUGAAGACCCCGACUUUGCAAAGCGCGAUUUAUGGCAACAUAUCGAACAGGGAGGUGAUGCGCGGUGGACCAUGUUUGUUCAAGUCAUCACGCCAGAAGAUCUUGCCUCUGGAAAACUCGACUUUGAUCCAUUUGACGUCACCAAGGUCUGGCCGCGCAACAAGUUCCCGAUGCACGAAGUCGGAGAGCUUGUUCUAAACCGUAAUCCCGAAGACUACCACCGAGAUGUGGAGCAAGCUGCUUUCUCUCCUGGUUCGCUCGUUCCUGGAAUUGAACUUUCUCCGGAUACCCUGCUCCAAUGGCGUGCUUUCUUCUAUCGCGAUGCUCAGUACCAUCGUCUUGGAAGCGCCAAUAUUCACCAGAUCCCUGUCAACUGUCCGUUCAUGGCUCGUUUCCACUCACCAGACAAUUAUGCUGGAAAUAUGCGCAUUGACGGAAACGUUGCUUCCAAGCCUACCUAUUUCCCUAAUAGCUACCACAACAAUAAACCCACUACUGCUGGAGCACCUGGGUUCCUACCUCAGGCCGAGGAGGUUCCAAUGCAGGUAGCAAGCAACAUCAUCUCUCGCAAAGGAUACUAUCUCCAUGAAGGAAGUCCGAGCGAGUACAACCAGGUUCGGGAGCUCUACACUAGGGUCUUGACGCCCCAAAAACGGGAAGAAUUGCACUCUAAUACGGCUAGACUUCUCAAGCACGCCGAUGGUAUCGUGCAAAAGAACUAUCUUAUUCAGCUUCAUGCUAUCGAGCCUGGAUAUGCAAAGGCUAUUUAUGAUCUCUUGCCCGAACACUCGGGUUAUACUCUGGAGGAGAUUGCCGAGGAUGCGAAAUCCGCUCAUUUGGUCGGAAAGAAUCCACAGUUCUUCUCGGCCGGCAAGGGUGCCAGUUUUAUGGGUAUGCCGCUCUAA